GUUUGUUAAUUCUGCUGAUUUUCUCUCUUCCUUUCUCCCAAAUCAUCAAUUUUUCUUGUUUAAUUUAUUGUUGUUGAAAUCAUGGCGACUUCUAAAUCACAGAGGACGCCGGCGGAGAUCGAGGAUAUAAUUCUUCGGAAAAUUUUACUUGUAUCUCUAGUUGAUUCAAUGGAAAAUGAUACACGCGUUGUGUAUUUAGAGAUGACGGCGGCCGAGAUUUUGAGCGAGGGUAAAGAAUUAAGGUUGUCUAGGGAUUUGAUGGAGAGGGUUUUAAUCGAUCGACUUUCUGGUAAUUUUGUAUCCGCGGAACCACCUUUUCAGUAUUUGGUCAACUGUUACCGUCGGGCACAUGAAGAAGGGAAGAAGAUUGCGUCGAUGAAGGAUAAGAACGUUAGGUCUGAGAUGGAAUUGGUGGUUAAGCAAGUAAAGAGACUUGCUGUAUCAUACUGUAGGAUACAUUUAGGAAAUCCUGAUAUGUUUCCCAAUUGGGAUAUGGCACCAGCAAAUGUAUCUCUGUUGCUUCCUUUGUUGUUUUCUGAGGUUUCAAGUUCUGUGGAUGUGUUUGGUGGGAGUAGUGGUAGUGGAGGAGUGUCAAGUCCACCUGGGUUUUUGGAUGAGUUAUUAAAGGAUGCGGAUUUUGAUAGUAUGGACCCAAUACUGAAGCAGUUGUAUGAGGAUUUGAGAGGGACUGUGCUAAAGGUUUCAGCUUUGGGUAAUUUUCAGCAGCCUCUUAGAGCUUUAUUAUUUUUGGUUAAGUAUCCAGUAGGUGCCAAGUGUCUUGUGAAUCAUCCUUGGUGGAUUCCAAAUAGUGUUUAUAUGAAUGGAAGAGUAAUCGAAAUGACAAGCAUUUUGGGUCCUUUCUUUCAUGUCAGUGCUUUACCUGAUCAUACAAUCUUCAAGAGUCAGCCGGAUGUUGGCCAGCAGUGUUUCUCAGAAUCGGCCACACGUCGUCCUGCUGAUCUCUUGUCUUCUUUCACAACAAUCAAAACUGUUAUGAAUAACUUGUAUGAUGGCUUGGCAGAAGUGCUUAUGUCUCUUCUGAAAAAUUCAACUAUUCGUGAAAAUGUCCUUGGAUAUCUUGCUGCAGUUAUAAACAAAAAUUCGUCAAGGGCACAGUUGCAGGUUGAUCCAUUAUCUUGUGCUAGUUCAGGCAUGUUUGUAAAUCUCAAUGCCGUUAUGCUUCGGCUAUGUGAACCUUUCUUAGAUGCCAAUUUGACAAAACGGGACAAGAUCGAUCCCCAAUAUGUGUUUUCUAGCACCCGUCUGGAACUGAGGGGGUUGACUGCUCUGCAUGCAUCAUCAGAAGAAGUCUCUGAAUGGAUAAAUCAAAAUAAUCCUGGAAAAGUUGACGUCGCUAAAGAAGGCAGUGAUGGAGAAAAUCGGUUGUUGGCAUCACAGGAAGCUACAAGUUCUGGGAAUGAUUCUGGUGGACCUUCAAUUCUCCACUAUAACAACCCAAUAUCAAGUAGUAGUGAGAAAGCUAAAUACCCCUUCAUAUGUGAAUGCUUCUUCAUGACUGCACGGGUGCUCAACCUGGGCCUCCUAAAAGCAUUUUCAGAUUUUAAGCAUCUUGUUCAGGACAUUUCAAGAUCCGAAGAUAAUUUGUCUACCAUGAAAACCAUGCUAGAACAAACACCCUCGCCACAGUUGCAGCAGGAAAUAGCUCGCUUGGAAAAAGAUCUUGAAUCAUAUUCACAGGAGAAAUUAUGCUAUGAAGCCCAAAUACUGAGGGAUGGAGGGCUUCUCCAGCGUGCAUUAUCCUUCUACAGGUUGAUGGUUGUUUGGCUGGUCGAGCUUGUUGGUGGUUUUAAGAUGCCUUUACCUUCCCCUUGCCCUAUGGAGUUUGCAUCUAUGCCUGAGCACUUUGUUGAAGAUGCCAUGGAGCUGCUAAUUUUUGCUUCUCGAAUUCCCAGAGCUUUGGAUGGUGUCUUGCUGGAUGACUUCAUGAAUUUCAUUAUCAUGUUCAUGGCAAGUCCAGAAUAUAUCAGAAACCCUUACCUUAGAGCAAAGAUGGUUGAAGUCCUAAACUGUUGGAUGCCCCGCAGAAGCGGCUCUACUGCAACGUCUACUUUGUUUGAAGGGCAUCAACUCUCUCUGGAGUACCUUGUGAAAAAUCUUUUGAAGCUUUAUGUUGACAUUGAAUUUACAGGUUCCCACACACAGUUCUAUGAUAAAUUUAAUAUCCGCCACAACAUUGCUGAACUGCUUGAAUAUCUUUGGCAAGUUCCAAGUCACCGGAAUGCAUGGAGACAGAUUGCCAAGGAGGAGGAGAAGGGUGUUUACUUAAAUUUCUUAAACUUCUUGAUUAAUGAUAGCAUCUAUCUUCUCGAUGAAAGUCUUAAUAAAAUUCUUGAACUAAAAGAGCUGGAAGCUGAAAUGUCUAACACAGCGGAAUGGGAGCAAAGACCAGCUCAAGAAAGGCAGGAGAGAACCCGUCUGUUCCAUUCACAAGAGAAUAUAAUUCGAAUUGAUAUGAAGUUGGCAAAUGAAGAUGUGAGCCUGUUAGCAUUUACUUCAGAACAAAUUACUGUCCCUUUUCUUCUUCCUGAGAUGGUGGAAAGAGUUGCUAGCAUGUUGAAUUACUUCUUACUACAGCUGGUGGGUCCACAAAGAAAAUCUCUUAGCUUGAAAGACCCUGAAAAGUAUGAAUUUCGUCCGAAAGAGUUGCUGAAACAGAUUGUGAAAAUAUAUGUGCAUUUGGCAAGAGGAGAUAAGGAGAAAAUUUUUCCAGCUGCAAUUAUAAGAGAUGGCCGAUCGUACAGUGAUCAGAUAUUUAGUGCUGCAGCUGAUGUCCUUAGAAGAAUUGGUGAAGAUAUGAGGAUCAUACAAGAGUUCAUCGACCUUGGUGCAAAGGCCAAGAUUGCAGCUUCAGAAGCAAUGGAUGCUGAGGCUGCUCUUGGAGACAUUCCUGAUGAAUUCCUUGAUCCAAUCCAAUAUACUUUAAUGAAGGAUCCUGUCAUUCUUCCUUCUUCGAGGAUAACAGUGGACCGGCCUGUUAUUCAGCGGCACCUUCUUAGUGAUAGUACAGACCCAUUUAACCGGUCUCAUCUAACUGCGGACAUGUUGAUUCCCGACACCGAGUUGAAGGCGAAAAUCGAAGAGUUCAUCCGGUCCCAUGAACUGAAGAAGCCUGGGGAGGAUUUGAAUUUGCAACACACAAAAACAACCAUACAAACAACUGAUACUUUAAAUUUGAUUGAGUAGGGAUUUCUCUUUUUCUGCUUUUAACCCUGAUCAUUGUAUUAUAUUUGAGUUCAAGUGAUCAACGGUAAAACCUGUGUUGGUAACACAUUUUUUAUUCCCUUUCCUGUAUGGGAUAGUUCUUUUUACUUGUCAGGGUCCCCAAUAACUAUAGGAAUUUAUAUUUUGUAAACAAGGGAAUCUUCUGAAAAAUGGUAUAUUUAUGUUUUUCGUAAUUUCAUUUUGAA